AUGUAUCUUGCUAAACUAAAAUCACUUAAACUUCACAACAAAGGCUUUUCGCCUCAUACUUUUAGCGUAUUCGCGAAGAACUGUACACGUCUGAGUCUACUGAAUUUGAGCCGAUGUGCUUUGGAAGCUUUAGCUUUGCAUCAAAGUAAAUUAGAAGAUGUUGAUCUGGCAUACUGUUUAUCAUUAUCGGAAAACUGUAUAUUGAUCUUCAUAAAAAAAUUCAGAGAACUUAGGACUCUGAACUUGGAAGGGAACAAGCAGGUGACAGACAAAUGUCUGUACACCAUUUCAAAGUAUAGUACAGCACUGAGGCAUCUCAACCUGGGUGGCUGUUGUGAAAUAACUGACAAAGGAAUCAGAGCAUUGGCUGUGCAUUGUAAAAAUUUGGAAGGUUUACUUGUUCGUGGAUGUACAAAAGUAACCGAAAAUAGUCUCCGAUUGAUGAGGACCAAUGUUCAGCUAGAUAGAAGACCAGCGGAGCCGAUUCCCUUACCCAUUUAUGUACAAAUU